CGACACUGAGGCUCGACCUCCCACCAACGACGCUGUCUUGGUCCUGGAUAUCUUUCUCCUAAUAUACUAUAUUUUCCAUCCUGUCGCACUCCGGACUAAAGUACGUGCCGCCGCCGCUUACCGUAUCGACGGUUGCAGCAACAGAUCCAGACACUAAUCUGGACUCGAGAUCCCUCAACAAACGCUACAGAGAUAUCGUUGCUCCUGCAUAGCUUAUACCAGCUUCUCGAAUUUGCAUAGGUGCCUCUAGGCUGGUCUUGCUGCGCAGUCAAUCGCGUUGCCAUUCGUUUGUUUGGGUGUAAACAUUGACCAUCAUCUGCCACCCCGGCUCGUUUCUGAUGGCCACCGACAUCCGCCGAUCACGAUCGAACACGUCCAUGUCGACAAGAAGCAAUCGGCCACUGUCGCGCGCGUCGACGACGAGUGUGCACUCGUUCGAUCAGCACGACAUCCAGCCCCAGUUUUCCCAGUCACAGCCGCCGCGGCCUGCACAUUUCUCGCAACCGCAAUACAACACAAGUUUCACCGGCGAACCAUUACAGCCUGCAUUGCUACAAGCCGCGCAGCAUGUGAGUGCGCAGGAUAAUCUGAUGAACACCUCUAUGGAGAGCCUGCAGCAGUUCCUCGGCUACCCUGUUGAUGCCAGCCAAAAUCCAAACCUUCCGAAUCAUGCAAAUGGCAUGCCUUCGCAACCCAUGGAUGCACACGUAUAUCAUCCAUCCAUGUCACAGCCCCCGCCACAGUCACAGCAGUACAUGGCAUCGCUCGUCGAAGUGGAGGACAAGAAGAAGAAGGGCUCCACGUCAGGAAGCGCGACAAAUGACAAAGAGCUGCGACAAAUGCUACAACAAAAUGAGGGACGCAAACUGAAAGACGUGGCAGCCGAGGUUAUCCAGACCGACAGGACGUCUAAAGCAGAGAAAUCAAAACAAUUGUUUGCUAUGCUCUGGCUCAAGUCUGUUUGCCGUCUUGCAAAGACAUCUGUACCACGAAACAGAGUUUACUCAAAGUACGCAGAGCGCUGUGGUACUGACCGCGUAAUUCCACUGAACCCAGCAUCCUUUGGCAAGCUCGUUCGUGUCAUCUUUCCGGGCAUCCAGACUAGACGCCUCGGUGUUCGCGGCGAAUCCAAGUACCACUAUGUUGACCUCGCACUCAUCAACGAUAGCGACGAUGGAGAAGAUAGCCGCCGGCCGAGCAUUGGUCCUACCACCUAUCACACCAUGAAGAGACAGCAGUCGUCCGGCCCGAAGCUCGACUUCAGCUCGAUACCGAGGCUGCCUGCUGACAGUGCACAAUUCCCACCGCCGGACACUGGCAUCGAAUCUACUACGACACAAUACGCUCCCGCUGGAUCCAAGGGGCUCCUCUUCACUGACAUCUACUCCCAUCAGUAUCGCCCGCCCAUCGCUCGCACCAAGACCUCGUACGAGUACGAGUUAAAGUUCCCAACUGCCCAAGUACUCACAGCCUCGGAUGUGCUAGAGAUCGAGUUACCCGACAUCACACCGUACCUGCCUGCCCGCACCGAUCCUGAUUCGGCGGACAAUCUCACGGCCAUGUACCGGUCGCAUGUCACUUCUCUUGUUGACUCGGUCCGGUACUGUAAAGAGAAACAGUUUUUUCGGUUGUUCGGCACUUUCCAUGGCACUUUGACUGUCCCCGUACAAAAGCUGUUCGCAGCACCAGAGCUUGCACCAUGGAUCAAGGAGUGCGAUUGGAUGAUGUACCAGAAGAUGAUCCGCAAUGUUUCGCAGCUCACGCUCCAGGUCGCUCCUCCGAUAGUUCUCAGGUUCCUCGACAACGUUGCAAAGACUCUCCACGCGCACAUCAGCAAGGUUUUCCAGCCAUUGCCUGUGCACGUUCUUGAAGCCAAGCUUGAGCCAGCGACUAACUUCGCACAUCUGUUGCGGCAGAUGCUGCGUGUCAAUUCAACUGCACAUGCAGCCGCCGUUAUGCUCACAGCUGAGAAUCAUCGCACCCAGAUGUUUGCAGACUGGUUGUCACACGUCAACAUCAAGCGUAUAAUCGCAAAUGAGUUACCUGGCUCAUGUAGCCACGAAGAGGUGUACAGCAUACUGAUGACAGAGAUCCGUCCCAUGUUGGGCCCCCUCCCACAGGACAUCCAGUUACCCACUGGAACUGUCUAUCACGCGGCGUAUCCCGACCCCCCCGCCGACCCUACAGAAUCUGUCAUCGAUCGUAUCGCAGCCUUCCUGACACGUUUACCGUUCCGCUUCCCGAAUGUGCACGCUCGCACUGUCCUGCACUGUAUUAAUGCAGUUGGCUCUGCUGUUGUACGCGAAAUUACAGUUGAGAAUGGUGUCAGCUUCCAAGCUUGGUGGUUGACCAAGGUCUUCGUUGAUGAAAUGGCCCAGUGGCUUGCUUCCUUAGGUGGAUUCCUGGAUCACAGUCCACCCAACUGGAACUCGCCAUCCUACUCGCCAGUACUUGAGGGGUCUGUCAACGCAGGCAUGACCAACGGUGGGAGCGGAAGCAACAAUGAGAGCCGGUACAGCAGUCUUGAUGCUGAUUUUGGACCCGAUCAAUCGUUCAUGUCAACCACCUCCACGGCGAUGCAGGACAACGCCAACACUAGCAACGAAGUCCAUGCUCGACGACCUACUCAACAACAAUACGAUCCCAUGAGCUUCAGCUUCGACUACGACAUUCAUGCCUCACAGCAGGAGAGUCAUCACGAUGACAGCGGUAUUGGUCUCCUCGACGAUGGUCUGGAAACCAAGUUCCCAUCUCACUUACCGCAAGGCCUUAAAUCGCACUACUCGCAGCCGCCAACCACGCAACUGCCCGCUGGCGUAAGCUAG